UUCAUCUCGGCUCACUCUCCUCCGUCGUCGUCGGCGUCCUGAUAUCUCACCGGAGAAUGUCAACAUACGACUUCCCGCGGUUUCCUAUAUCAGAUAUGAUCGUAUACCUUGCCGAAAGUCAGAUUGCCGAGCUCUCAGAAUCCGAUAUCCGCAAUCCAAACGCUGAUCUGAUAACGAAUCUCUUCACAAAUAUCCUAAUCCAUCUCAACGUUAUCCAGGAUGACCAUACCCUAGCUGAUUUCUCCGCACUGCAGCGGCUGGAUAAUCCAGACGUCCAUAUUGAAUCCAUCCAUGUCAUUAACCUUUUUCGGAAGAUGCAGUUCUUUCUAGAUAAAUUGGAAUGUCCAAAGAAAUUAAACCUAAAAGAUCUUUUAAAACCAGAAGCAGAUAGGACAGAAAUCUUCCUCAGUGCAUUGCUUAAUUUCUGUGUCUACAGGCGUGAAAAAUUGAAUCAUGUCAGUAAAAUUGUUGAAGAGUUAGCGAUUCUUGAUGAAAAACGACAAGAGUUUGAGCAGAAAAUAGAACAGGUAUCAGUUUUGGCUCUCUAAUGAUUUUUAGUUCAAAUGAGCAGUAAUGUGAAGUUUAUUAUCAUCUGCAUGACAGUUAAAUGAAGAAAUCGCCAAACACGAUGAAUCAAGAGAAAGGGAAAUGCCAUUCAUUCAUGAUAUUGAUGCCAAAGUUCAAGAAUUGAAACAGGCAAUUCUGGGACUGAACAGUCAACAAUCAUCUUUGAAAUCUUCAAUAAAAAGGAUGAAGGAAAAAGGUGAAGAAAUGAACAAAAAGCUUUCCAGUGCAGGUUUUCUUUGGUGCAAAGUGUCCAAGAAAAUGCGAAUUUACGUUCAAAGAUUGUUCAAUCUCCAGAUAAGCUACAGAGGACCUUAGAAGAGAAGAAAGCAAUCCUACUUGAGGCAAAGAAUGCUAAAAGAGAAGCUAUGUUGGCUUUUCAGGAGAAGAAUGCCAAAUUUGAAGUCUAUACAAAGGCUUGCAAGAAGAUAUCUAAGCAUGUUGUUCAGGCACAUGCGAUUCAAGAACAGAUGAAUUCAGCUAAAGCUAUUGAGAAAGAUUUAAAGGGACUAAGAGUUAAACAGAAUGAAGAUGAAAUGAUUGACAAAUCUCUUGAAGCCAACAUCGUUGAACGACAAGGCAAAGAAGAACAGUUGAAGGAACAAAUGAAACAAUUAAAGAAAGAAAGGGAUCUCAGAUGUGAAGAAGCUACUAAAGAAUUGAAUAAUGUGAAGAUGGAAGUGGAAAUAAGGAAACAUGAUCUUGAAUCAAGACAAUCAAAAGUGGAAGCCUUGGUUGCAGAGAUGGAUUCAAUCACUGCAAGUUGUAACUCGGUAAAAGAAUCUGGAGAGGCCAAAAGGAAAGAAAUUUAUCUCAAAUACCAAGAGAUAAUGAAGGAGUUCUACGAGUAUACGAACUCAAUAGAUGCCUUCCUACCAAUAUCUAAUUAGAACAGACUCGAUCUUCUUGUGUGUGUGUGUGUGUUAAGUAGUAUACCAUUAUAUGGUUUCUUACUCAUUUGAUAAUGUAGUUGGCAAAUGUUUUCUUGUUUGCCUAUAUAAUGGUUUAUAUAUUCUUUUGACUGUGGUAACUAUCUCAUUCUUCUAUUCCAUGUGUAUGUCAGUUUGGAAAACUAAUUUUAGGUGCAAAAAUUGAAUCAAUUUUUCUUAA